CAUCGCAUAAGGGUAUGGCAGGAGCGGGUCGGCCAUCCUCCCGCUAGCGUGUAUAAAGGGUUCAUGCACGUCGCUCAUAUCCACCUUGUACGACCAUUGUAUGCUGGCCUUGCCACGCCACACUCUAGGCUCUGCAAGCACCUGCACCCCACUCCACAAUGCAAUCUCAGCCUGAUCCAACUUCUUCUUACAACGUCGAGUGACGCGACGGUGCACAGCUACCGUUAAGGCUUGAAUGCAAUCCUUUGGUAUCACUUAGCGUCUCGCAACGUUAACCUCCAUGCGCUCGCCGACCUAACAGCCAGGCCCUACGCACAGAGGUAACUCAGUCGCCGAUCGCAUCUCUCUACCUAGGCUACCACGAAUGAGCCCAGCUAAAGCCUAUCCCCACCGCAUUCCUCUCCCUAGCUAUGGCGGGACUUAUGCGGCUUUUAAGAUAUAGCGACACUGGCGACUUUGGUCUUCCUGAAGCUUUUGCCAGCGAUAAGACUAUCCCGCCCUAUGCGAUCCUAUCCCAUACGUGGGAGGAUGGUCAAGAGGUCACCUUUAAAGAUCUGAUGGACGGUACUGGAAAGGACAAGAAUGGCUACCAUAAGAUCCGGCUCUGUGCACAACAGACUAAACGCGAUGGCCUACAAUACUUCUGGGUGGACACCUGCUGCACUAUACAGACUCACCACCGACGACAACGCCCUACGAAAAGGGUGGCAUAUGCCGCCGAAAAUGGCGGCAUAACCAACUUUAGUUCUCAGAUCGAUCUUCCAAUGAGGGGUCGAAAUCAGGCCUGA